AUAGCUCCCUCUAACGCCAUGUUGGCUGUCAUGACUUGACUUGUUGUUUUCAUCAGUCUUACUACGGACUUGACAGGAGUGGCUCUCUUAAACCCCCCUGCGCCUUUGGAGACGCUUUAUUCCGUUUUUGCGCGUACGCGUUUUGGAUGAUACGCGCGGAGUAUGCAUGCAUCAUUCCCGUGACUGUGCAUUUGAAAGGAAUACUACUUGGAAAUAGCAGUUUUUCAGACGCUUUUGGUUGUUGUUUUUGUGUUUUUUUUUUUACCCUUGUCAUAUGUGCAACAAAAUGUCAGAUGUUCGCCUUUCUAAUGCGAGCCCGACAUUGGAGAGGGGGGUGGAUGCGCGGCAGCAAGACAACCUCAGACCUCGGGUUAGCAGAAAUCUUUUCGGCCGACCUAACCCAGAGGAGAUACAGAGGAAUUUGGAUGCUGUAGUGCAGGAAGAAGUGCAGGCUUUUAGGGAGAGGUACAAUUUCGACCCGGAGACCGACAGACCGCUGAGUCCGCGUAACUAUGAGUGGCAGGAGGACAGCGACCCACCGGAGUUUUAUCUCAGACCGCCUCACGGGAGCCAGCGGCCCCAGCGAGAUGUGGACUUGUCCGGCGAUAACCAGCAGCAGGACGCCGAGGAGAGGAGUGAACGGCGGUCGACUCGCCAACCAGACAGACACGGUUCAAAGAAAAGACGUCGAGGAGCUUUAGGUCCCUGCUCCGGCGAGUGUCAAAGUAAAAGGUUGCAUUCCGACGAAGAUGAUGAUGAAGACCAGUCGAACGGUACAGGAAGUCAGGCGGUUAAAGCCGCGGAGGAGAGACCCAGCAGGCCGGAGAGCAGCGCGGAGGUCCAGUGAAAAAAGUGCCAGAGCGGGGAGACCUGUUGCUGGUGGAAUACUGUAGCCUUUUCUCAUCAUCUGACAGACGCGGGAGAAAAUU